UUUCGCUGGUUGGUCAACGGGUCCCAGGCCCUCCUGCUUCUGCUGUCUGUAGGAAAUAUCAUCAUCAGCAAUGGACAGUCCAUCUCCCAGAUCUCCAAGUUCCGCCUCUGCUAUUGUAUCUGUUGUCUGAUCUGGGCCAUCGUCGGCUACGUGAUGGGGCAGAUCCGGACGCUGUCCCGCUUCACGUGGCUGGCCAACUGGGCCGUCUUCAUCAACCUCUUGAUCAUGUUCAUCUCGAUGGGCGUCUUUGCCCACAGCCCGCCCAACUAUGCCGCAGCACAAGCUGGCUCCUCGGGUGCUGCGACGUUGUCAGCUUCUGUGACGCAGCUCCCCGACGGCUCGUAUCCUCCUGUCGUGACUUACGCGUCCGUGCCGCCGUCCGACAAUGGGUUUAUCGGCUCCGUUGUGGGUCUUAUGCAGGGUGUCUAUGCGUAUGCUGGCGCGCAGCUGUUUAUCGAGUUCAUGGCUGAGUUGCAGCGGCCUCGCGACUUUCUCAAGGUGAUGUGGGGAGCGCAGUUCUUCAUUUACUCGGUCUAUAUGAUCUACGGGUCAUAUCAGUACUACUUCCAAGGACAAUAUGCGAACCAGCUCUCCUACCAAGGCCUGUCCCCCUACGCCUGGCAGACCGUCUGCAAUGUCCUGGCAGUCAUCACAGGCAUUAUCGCCGCCACUCUCUACGGCAACAUCGGCAUCAAGGUUAUCUACAACAACGUCCUGAUCGAGUUCUUCGAUUUCCCCCCUCUGACCACCAAGCGAGGCAAAUGGUGCUGGGCAGCCGUGGUGCCCGUCUUCUGGUCCGUCGCCUUCAUCAUCUCUGCCGCCAUCCCGGAUUUCUAUGGCUUGAUCGGUCUCACCGCCGCUCUCUUUUUCGUGCAGUUCACCUACACAUUCCCUGCCCUUAUUGGACUGGGGUUCUUUGUGCAGAGGGAGGCGAUGCGAGGAGAGACACCGUUCGACCCGCACACGGGCGAGGUGCAACGCCAGGAUCACGGUCUCAAGAGGAUUGUCAGGGGGUAUAUGGGCCGGUACUGGUGGCUCUGUAUCUUGCUUACGCUCUACACACUGUGUUCUUUGGUCGUCAGUGGUCUGGGCUGCUAUUCUGCGAUUAAGUCUCUGAUUGCGGCGUUUGAGACCCCACAGGUGAAUGCGUUUACUUGUCGGUCGCCGGUGGAGGGUUGAGAGACGCAAGAGGAGAGCGCAAAGAAGUAAUUUUGACCAGCCUGAAUGGACUUGCAAUUCUGGUUUGCACUCGCUGCC